GCGCAGAUUGCGCCGCGAUCCUUGGCUCGGCCAGCAGCCUACGCCCAUUUCGCCUGCCGCUGGCGCUUCCGCUUCCGGUAGCCCCUGGCCGUGAGCGUCCGAGGCGCUAGCCAUGGCGAGGAGCCGGCUGGAGACCGUGGGGAGCGUUUUUUCGCGGACUCGGGACCUGAUUCGGGCUGGGGUGUUGAAUGAGAAGCCCCUCUGGUUUGACAUAUAUAAUGCCUUUCCCCCGCUGAGAGAGCCGGUGUUCCGAAGGCCCCGCUUGCGAUAUGGCAAAGCCAAAGCUGCCAUCCAGGACAUCUUGUACCCCGAGGAUCGGAUUAGAGCGAAAUUUUAUUCAGCCUAUGGAUCUGGUCAGAAAGCUUUUGAUCUGUUCAAUCCAAACUUCAAGUCUACCUGUCAACAGUUUGUGGAGAAGUACAUUGAGCUACAGAAACUUGGAGAAACAGAUGAAGAGAAGUUAUUUGCGGAAACAGGGAAGGCUUUAUUGGCAGCAGGUGUCAUUUUGAGAAGAGUAGGAGAAGCAAGGACUCAAAAGGAAGGUAGCCCUGUUUCCUGGGAAUCUGAACGUACGGGUGUCAAACCCCAAACGGUAUUGGAAAAAAACCAGCCUCUGCCGGAAGUUUCACAGGACCGGCGUUCGGAGACAUCUGAAGAACCGCCGAGAGACCUCUCACCUCCCUGAAGAACUUGUAUACCGUGUAUACUGACAGCCAAACUGUAUUCACUGGAUGAAUGUCGAACUGUUUUUAACAGUUGAACUGUGUAAAUGUUUCCCGAUCUCUAAGGCAUUAUGUUUGCCUUCUUUUCGUUCCUAUUUCUAGGUUGUCUUAAAGCUCAGUUUCAUGGUUUGAAUGAACUUUUAUGUGAGGACGGUAUUAAAUAAAGAAUUCCCUGGCUGCUUGUAAAGUAAA